CGGUUCCCGUCCCGCAGAACUCGGCCGGGUGAGCAGGAGCGGAGCGGAGCCCUCGGUGUCAGAGCAGGCAGGGAGCGGAACCGAAGCAGACGCAGCUCCGCGCCCAUGGCGGACCGCGCCGCGGAGACGAGAGCGUCGGGCCUCCCCCGGAGCCGUACCUCCUCCGAGUCCCCCGCAGAGGCGGCCGGGCCGAGGCGGAGCGGGAUGGGGCGGGAGGAGGACGGCUCCGAAGGCAGCAAGUCGAAGCGAAGGGAAAGCGGUGAACGACCGGAGCUGCGCGUCGUGCUGCUGGGGCGGAGCGGAGCGGGCCGGAGCGCCACCGGCAACACGUUGCUGUGCCAGGAGCUGUUCGAGUCCCGGCUGGCGUCCCAACCCGUCACCACCACGUGUGCGAAGGGCAGGAGGGAUUGGGGCGAGUGGAGCGUGGUGGUCAUGGACACCCCGGCCAUCGUCGGGGGGUCGCAGUGGGACAAGCAACAAUUGGCCAAGGAGCGCGACAACUGCCGCAGCUUCGCUGCCCACGAGCACUGUGUGCUGCUGCUGGUGACGCAGCUGGGCCGCUACACACGGGAGGACCGGGAGGUGCAGAAGGGGGUGAAGAAGUUCUUUGGGAAGGACGCUGAGAAGCGUAUGAUGGUGGUGUUCACACGGAAGGAAGACCUGGGGGACGGCGUGCUGGAGGAAUACGUGAGGACGGCCGACAACGGAGCGCUGCAGAAGCUGGUGAAUGCAUGCGGGGAGCACUACUGCGCCGUGAGCAACACGGUGCCGAGGCAGGACCGGGAUGCGCAGGCUGAUGAGGUGCUGAAGAUGGCUGAGGGCAUCGCACUCAGGCAGCACACGAAGCCCUGCGGCAAGGAGGACCUUGGGACUCGAGUUUCCAAGUUUUUCAAUACCCUAAAAGGGGGGGAAAGGGAGCUGGAGCCAGACAAGGGGAGAAGCAGCAACGAGAUGAGGAAAUAAAUGUUCUAAUUCUAUCGGUGAAAUACAAUUUAGUUGGGAUCGAAGCUAAGAAAUAAAAUAAAUGAGGGAGAAGUUCCCAAACCCCAAAGCUCUUCUGCUGAUGCUGCAGCAGCUGAGACUGACAGGGAGUAAAGGAGAGCGUUGCUGUGAGUUUCCCUUUAUCUUUGCCUCCCCCGGAAGAUGAAAAAAAAACCACAAAAUAAAGCGUUCUGGGCUCGCCGCGCC